AUGAAGGAGGAACAUCGUGGCGAUAAGGUGCCAGGCUGGGAUGGAGAUCCAAAGGCCUGGCGGACGUAUCGACGGAAGGCCCUCCAGUACCAGGAGGGCACGAAGAGACAAGACAGGCUCACGGGCAGAGCUGAGGUUGCAGUGGGGCGCUGUAAGUCAGGCUGGCUCUCGAGAGAUGACGGGGUGGAGCGACUCUUGGCAUGGCUGGGGCGCCGCUGCUCGCGCCGGGCGGUCCCGGACGUUGGACAGGAGCUGGGGGCGUUCUUGAUUAAGACCAGGCGCAGGGAGCUCGAGCCCAUACACUGGAGAUGGGUCGAGGUCGAGAAUGGAGAGGACGACGAGGGGCCGAGCUGGACAUGCGAGUAUACCGACGGCCGAGGAGAAGACGAGACAGGGUCGCGCACCUGGAGUGUCACCAACGACGAUGACGCCGAGGAGGAGCUGGACGACGUGCCAGAGGUCUCCCCGAGCAUCGUGCGUGGUUGGCUGAUGCUCGCGCGCGCGGGCCUGGACUCCAGGGAGAGGUCGGCCAUCGUGACUGCCGCCGGCGGCUCGCUGGAGGUCGGCGCGAUCCGCGACGACCUGAUCUCGACCUGGGGGGGCGACGACCUGGCAGAGCGAGAUGGCCGCGCCCGAUGCCCGAAGGCCUACGCGGCGCAGAUGGGAGAUGAUGACCGCACCCGGCUCGACGAGGAUGACGUGGGGCAGGGUGCGGGCGGCUUCGCAGCAGAGCAGGAGCACGAGGAGUUCGAUGAGGAACAUGACAUGGCCCAAGCCAAUGACGAGGAUAUCGAGUCGUGCAUGGCCGCCCAGCAGGAGGAGGCCGAGGCAUUGGCUGCAAUUCGCACGGCCCAGCGAACCCUUCGCCGGGCUCGCGAAGCGCAGGCUGGCAGCCGGCUGAGCCGCGGCUUCUACCGCGGGGGCCGGCCAGGGAGUCAAGUGAACAACGCGCCCGAGGCGAGCGCGAAGAUGGCCACCCGCACGAAGGAGCUGCAGUUCAACCUAGUGGCCGCCAUGGCCAUCUUGGAGGGCAAGGGGAUCGUCGACUUAGGCUGCGCAGACACCAUGGGUGGUGAGCGUGCGCUCGACAUCGUGGCCCGCGAGAGCCUGGAGAAGUAUGGCGACGCGAGGCUCCGUGACGUGAGCCUCAGCUACCAGCCGGUGUACAGCUUCGGGAACGGAGAGAGGGGGCGCGCCUGCGGACAGGUGAAGUUCGGGAUCGCGGGCGCGGGCAACGAGGGGUACAUCGCGAUCGACGGGUUCGCGAAGGACGUCCCCAUCCUCGUGUCGAAGAAGGUGCUCAAGAAGCUAGGGGCAGUCAUUGACUGCGACACGGGUGUCGCAGUGUUCGUGAAGCUGGCCCCGAAAACUCCCGUGCAGCUGGAGGAGUCGCCCGAUGGCGGACACUACUACAUGAGCCUGGUGGACGACGUCCUAGAGGACCGAGUGCAGGGCCCCGUCAGGCUGCAGAACUUCAAGAAUAUCAGCCAGCACGUCUCUGAGUGGGGCAGGGAAGUGCAUCAUCUCCGCGAGGCGGAGGCGGUGGAGCUGAUCAGAGAUCUGGGUUUGUCCAUCAGCCCAGCCUGGUCGAUGGGCGAGCUGAGGCACGCCAUCAGGGAGACCCUUUUCCCGAAGGCCGAGAGCGCCUCUCUGAAGACGCUGAAGGGGAUCAGCACCAUGAAGAAGCAGGAGCUGGCCCAGAAGGCAGAGGAGGUCGGGGCCCACCUCGCGCCGAAUAUGACGAACGCAGCGAUGAAGCUAGAGAUCCGCAAGGCCGCGCUGAUGAAGACUAUGCCCGAACCGACGGACUUCCUGGGUUUCGGCAAGCACGGGGCACUGACGUGCCAGCAGGUCCGGAUCCAGUACCCGUCCUACGCCGAGUGGGCCCAGAAGGAGGCCAGCACCGCGAGCAGCUGGGAGCUCACCCGGUUUGUCUCGUGGCUCAACGAGAUGAAGGUAGUCCAGGAGAUGACCAAGGGCCCGGUGGAAGCUCAAGUGGCUGGAGCGCCUCGAGGCGCCGAGGGCUCCGAGUUCCGCGGGCAGUUUUAUCGCAGUGGAGCACAGUCAGAGUGGUCUGGCCGGGGUUUGAACCAUGUCAAGGAGCCCGACCCGAGGAAGCAACGAUGGCUCGCGAAGUGCAUCAGGGAGAGCAACAGCACCGAGGACUUCGAGGCGCUGAUUGCACAUGGGGGGGCCAAGCUCAUGGAGCUGGCCUGUAGUCCCGCAUCCAUCCUGAGCACGAAGAUGGCCGAGAAGUUUGGCGAGGAGGCAGUGCAACGGGUCAGCUCGUGGAACGGCCACGAGCUCGGGGCGGCCCAGGGUAACCAGAAGGCCCGAGAGACCGGGGACAAGGCCGAGCCCGACCACCUCUGGAUCAGCACUCGGUGCGGUCCCCUGUCCACGCUGACCCUCGGUUUCAACGCCUCCAACCCGGCCGGGGCAGAGGUGGCCAUGAAACGACGGCUCCAAGCGAUCAAAGAGUACAAGGGCGCAGUGCAGUUGGUGUACGACCAGGUGGCCCAGGGCAGGCGCGCCCACUGGGAGCGGCCCAUCAAGUGCGAAGGGUGGGGCCAUGCCAUGAUUCGCCAGAUGAUCGAUGACUGCUCAAUGACCGUGGUGAAGGUGGCCGGGUGCCAGCUCGGGGUCACCAGCAUGGUGAACUCAUGGGCGGGCCUCACGGCUUCGACAAGCUACUGCGCGGACGUGUUCGCCCGGGGGGCCGUGCGGGCCAUGAUCGAGGAGGCCGCGCCGGACUACCACGAGUUAUUGAGGAGCAUGUCUACGGGGAAUGAGACCAACGGGCGCGCCUUCGCGGGGCAACGGGAGUCGAACUCACCCGCCGAGGACCCCGGCUCCAAGGAGUGCCAGAAGAUCAUGCAGUGGCUGACAUCUGUGCACCGAGGGUCCGGUCACAGCUCCGAGGCGUCCAUGCUGAAUGCGCUGAAGAGGAAGGGGGUGAGCCCCAUGGUGAUGAGAGUGGCCCAGGACUUCCACUGCGAGGCGUGCGAGGAGGCGAAUUACCACCUCCCGACGCACCCGCCCGUCAGUCUCGAGGCCAUGCCCCCGAAGUGGAAGCAGAUCCAGGCGGACCAGUUCGAGUGGGAGCACCCCUGGACGAAGCUCAAGGCCAAGUUUUCGCUGAUCCUUGACGAGAGCUGCAAGGUCUGGGUCACUAAGCUGUUAUACCAAAUGGUGGGUCAGGACCGCCGCAGAUGGCUGCCGUACUUCGGGAAGCCGCAGCGCGUGAAGGUGGGCCCCGAGGGCUCCUGGAUGUCCAAGCAGGCCGCCCAGUAUUUUGACUCGGACUCCAUCGGGUGCGAGCCGAUCCCCGGCCGGGCUCACUGGCACAUUUCCCUCGCUGAAGAGGCGAUCCAAGCAACCAAGGGGACGAUGGGCGAGCUCGUGACUGAGAGCCCGGACAUGUCCACCGAAGGGGCCCUGGCCCGCGCCACAGCAGCCGGAACUUUCAUGAGGAUGUGCGCGGCCGAGCAGGAGUACCUGAGGCAGGUGUAUCUGCGUCGCCUGAGUCGUGCAGAGAAUGCCAAGAACCAGUCGCUCAAGGCCGUGGCGCCUCGCAUGUGGGUGCGCUAUUUCCGCGAGGAGAAAUGCGAGGUCAAGGGCCGAUUCAAAGGGCUCGCGCGGGUGCUCGCGGUGGAGACGAGCCGGCCCGUGGACGGUAACCUUGGAGCAAACCCGACACUGCAUCCACGUCGUGCCGGACCUGUGGUCUGGUUGGUCCGGGCAGGACGCAUCAUCAAGGUGGAUCUAUGCCAGAUCCGAGCUGCGCCCGCGCGGGAGAUUGCCUCCGCUGAGCUCAUGGCGGGCAAGGGCGCGCCUUGGACCGUGAACGCAUGCAUGGACCAGGCGAUGCGGCAGGAGUGCUUGGACUUCUCGGAGCAAGACGAGGAACUCGCAUCCUUGGAGGGGGUGCCUGAGCCAGCACCUCCGGUGAAGAAGACGCGCCGCGAGGAGCCGCCGAAUGAGACCGGGUCCGAGCGCAACCAGAUCCUUGUGCGCAGGGCGAUUCGGAAGAAUGCUCCACCGCCAGGAGGAGUGGCCAGCAUCGUGAAGGCAGCCCAGGCCGCGCAGGCAGAGGACAUCAUGAUGGAGAGGGCUGCCCUCAUGGCCAAGGAGGUGAAGAAGUUCAGCGUCGCCAAGGCCACCGAGGUGAACAAGUGCGUGAUAUCCUCCGCGCUGGAAUCCUUGCCGCCCGGGGUCACCCCGCCACCAGGGGAUGUAAUGCGCAUGCGGUGGAUCCUGGAGUGGAAGGUGGACGAGACCACGAGACCUUCCCGGCACCUGGUACUGCAGGCUAUGGCGUGGCUCGGGUGCAAGGGGUACAAGGCUGACGUGACAGGAGCGUUUGCCCAGAACCGGGAGAUCAAGCACGACCUGUUCGUGAUGCCCGUGAGGGAGCUGGCCGUCGCCCUGGGGAUGCCCGAAGGGGUUGCGAUGAGACUGCGAAAGGCAGUCUAUGGGCUCGUGGAGGCGGCAAUCGAGUGGUUCAUGACGGUGGGCGAGGCCCUGGAGGAGUUCGGUUGGACGCAGAUGAAGAUGGACCCAUGCGUUUGGGUGCUCUACGGUCAAUCCCGCGGCCAGGGCGCCAGCUUCACGAAGGAGGCCCUGGGUCAGUUCACCGGAUCCGAGGUGAUGGGCGAGCUGAUCGCGGCGAAGGGUGACCUGGACAUUGUGGCUAUCGCAGGGUCCCACGUGGAUGACUUCCUGCUCGGAGGGAAGGAGACGGACCCCAGGUGGGUCGAAACCAGGAAGAAGAUCGAAGAGCGAUUCAAGUUGAAGGCAUGGGAGACCGACGAGUUCAUGCAGACUGGUGUCCAGAUCAGGCAGCUGCCAGAUAUGAGCUUCAAGACGGACCAGAGUGAGUAUGUCAAGACCAUCGAGAAGGCAGUCCUGGGCCCGGAGCGAAAGAAGAACAAGGACGCCCAGACCACCGACAAGGAGAAGGGGCAGCUGAGGGCAAUCCUGGGCGCCAUCGGCUGGCGCUCCGAGCAGUCAGGCCCCGUGCACUCGGCGGACACGAGCCUGUUGCUCAGCACGAUGCCAUCAUCCACCGUGCAGACCCUCCUGGACACGAGCCGCCUGGUGGACAGGGUGCGGGCGGGAGCAGACCUCCCCGUGGUCAUCCACAGCCAUUCCAGCGCGCAGCUGAGGAUGUACUACAACAGUGGCCACAGGUGGAAGCUGGUCUACGACGCCAAGUACCAGAGUGCCAAGAAGCGGAAGGCCGCGGGGAUCCUUCCGUUCAAGAGCGUCCCUCCUGGAGUGCUGCGCCAGGAGGAUGCAGGAGACGGUGCCACGUGCGCUUCAGCAGGUACUGGAACCAGUCCCGUGGGUUUCCCAGAGUACGAGGUGCCAGGCUGGGAUGGAUAUCCAAAGGCCUCGCGGACGUAUCGACGGAAGGCCCUCCAGUACCAGGAGUGCACGAAGAGACAAGACAGGUACCUGUGUGGCCCGAGGCCCGAGGCGCGGCUCACGGGCAGAGCUGAGGUUGCAGUGGGGCGCUGUAAGUCAGGCUGGCUCUCGAGAGAUGACGGGGUGGAGCGACUCUUGGCAUGGCUGGGGCGCCGCUGCUCGCGCCAGGCGGCCCCGGGCGUGGGGCAGGAGCUGGAUGCGUUCUUGAUUAAGACCAGGCGCAGGAAGCUCAAGCCCAUGCAGCAGUGGCGGCGGUGCAGGAUGCAGCGGCUGCGCAUUACGCUACAUGGUGCGACCGGGUUGCAGACUUUGAUCGAUGGUUUGCCCGACGCCUACGUCUUGGGGGAGAUUCCAGGGAAGCCUUGGACCAGGUCUCGGACGAGGGCUGCGCGCCAAGAGCUGGACCCAACGUGGGACGAGGUCCUCGAGAUGGACGACGUCGGCAGCGAGAUGCUGGAGCUGAAGGUGGUCGACGAGCGCGCCGCAGGCGUCGACGAGGGACUGCUGGGCGCGGUCCUCUUGCGCGCGCAGGACUUCGGCCCCCGCGGCCUCCGAGGCGAGUGGCCCCUCGUGCUCGCUGGCGCCGAAGGGCUGCCACCGGGCGCACGGCCACCAGCGCUGCAGCUGAGCGUGGCCGUGGAGGUGGGCAGCUGCUACACUGGCGGGGGCGGCGCCGACGGUAGGCCGCCCGGCCACGCCGAAGAACCGCUCCUCGAGCGCGCCUGGAGCGAGGCGGUGGCGGCGGAGCAGGCGGUCGAGCACGCGUUCAGGGGCGGCGCCGUCGCUGCCGAGCGCGCGGCCGUGGGAGCCAUCCGCGCAGCCGAAGGUGCCGUGUCGCGAGCCGCUGCGGCGCUCGGCAGCGUCGGGCACAUCGGCGAGCUGUUCCACCUCCACGGUGGAGGCGGCGCCGGCGCUGCGGAGCGAGGUGCCGAGAGUGCCUCCCACUCCGCCAGCCCCGCGGCAGAAGGUGCCGCGUCACGAGCCGCCGCGGCGCUCGGGAGCCUGGGGCACGAGAUGGGCGAGCUCUUCCACCACGCCGGGGGCGCGUGCGCGCCCCCGCUAGACACGCUGCCGCCUGGCGCCUUCGACGGGGACAUGCUGCCGCCGGUCGGGACUCUGCCGCACGGGGCCUUCCAGGACCUCGCGUCGACCGCCAACAGCGACGGUCUGUCGCUGGGGCCACCCACGGGCACCAUGCCACCUGGCGCCUUCGAGGCGGCGCUGCGCGCCGCAGCCCCGCCCAGCUCCAGCUCCAGGCCGCCGUCGCCGCCCAGCGCGCCGCCGGCUCCCGGUGGCGCGGGGGUGCACAGGCUCCGGGUCAGCGUCGUGAGCGCCAAGGGGUUGAGGAAUGCGGAUUGGUUCGGCAAAUCCGACCCUUACUGCAUCUGCGAGGUCCCCGGGAGCCUCCAGAGCAGGUUCACCACUGACGUCGUCGACGAUUGCCUGGAGCCCGUGUGGAACAAGACGGUCGAGUUCGAUUGGCACCGCGGCGCGCCGCUGGAGUUCACAGUCAUGGAUAAGGACGUGUGGCCCAAGGAGGACGACCUGCUCGGGAGGGCCACGCUGCCGAGCGAGCGCUUCUUUCCCUUCGGCUUCGACGGGGACCUGCCGCUGGCCAUGUCGGGCUGGGCCAGCAUAGCCUGA